AUGUCAAGUCCCGACGAGAAUGGACCGGAGAAGAAAGCAUCGGAGCCGGAGUUGGCGACCCCUGCUGGCCCCAAACCAAAGGCCAUGUGUCGCGAAAAGGAAGAGAAGUCUCCAGCCAAACAACAAUCCGAUGUAUCUCGAAUGGAGAAGAAGGGAAAUAUAAACAAGUCAGCUAGAAGAGAUGCUAGAAGUGCACGAAUGAAGGUGAUGAAGCCUGUUUCUGUGAAAAUGGAUAACGGUGGAUCGAAAAUGAGUAUUCAGGAACAACUAACAAAACAACAGUUUAAUAUUCAGAAACCAAAAGACGAAACGGAUGUAGCGUGUCUCCAGCUGGAAGGAGAACUGGCUCAAACGGUAAAGACAAUGGAAGAAUACAAAGUGGCCAUGUUUCAAAUCCACACUAUUCUUCUCACAAUGAUCAGACGUGGAAAUGGCACUAAUGACAUGGAUAAUUGUAAAAGUGAAAAGGGACAAGCAGCGGCUGAGAAGUUGAAUAGAGAAGUGGUACAGACGGAGAACUUCUGGAAGUCGGAUACUUUUUUGCAACCAGCUAUGAACCAAGCAAUCGCAAAGAACUCUAAAAUUCUAGCAGCUGCUGAGAGGAACCUUCAGGAACAGGCGCCAGGUCAUAUGAAGAAAUUGAAAAAAUUCCUGCACGUUCAUUGGCCGAGGUACGUUGAGAUGAAGAAAGAGCUGGGGAAAGUCGUAAAACUUCAAAAACCAGACUCUCAAACUGUUCGAGCUGAAUAUGUCAAGUCAAUCUCAGAGUUUGUGAAAGAAAAGUAUUUGAAGGUGAAAAAUGAUCAUUUGGGUGAAAUUCAGAGCGUUCUUGUUGAAUUGAGCUUCUUCCACCAUGCUUCUGCUUCCGCGUGGCAUCGGAUUGCAGAAAGAAAACUGCCGAAAGUUGGGUAUCAACCGGAGACUUUCGACUUCAAACAAUUUUUCGGUCCACCUCCAAAACCGUAG